CGCUUAAAUAUAUACUGUAGAGUUCAAACUUUUGAAUACUUUCCUUAUAAUUUUUCUAGGUACAUAACAUUCUAUUUAUAAUUUGGAAGUAUUCAAAAAGAAAAAAGAAAAACAUAAAAAAUCUGACAGAUUCAUAGAACCUCACAAUUCUUUUAUGCCUUUCUUACUUGGCACCAUCUCUGCUUUAAAGGAUACUUUGCCCUUCCUCUCCCUUCACCAAGCUCAGCUCCCCAUAAAAAUCCACAGGAGAGAGAGAGAGAGUAAAAUGGCAACAAAUCUUCCAUCAUGUAACCAUGCAGAUGAUGACUGCAUAGAUAUGGAAGUAAGCUCUUUUUCAAGUUUCUUCGGUUCUCCCCCUCAAACCAGAGAAUUUGAGUUCCAAAUGUCUUCUGCUCCCAAUGAUCAGAGAGAACCAACAACUUCCCCAGCUGAUGAACUCUUCUACAAAGGAAAACUCCUUCCACUUCACCUCCCUCCGCGCUUACAAAUGGUUCAAAAACUCCUCCAAAAUUCCAACCCUACCUUCGAAAACACAGACCCCGCCUUAGUAAAAGCCUCGCACACUAAGUCGCCCUUUUUAACCUUUGAGAACACAAAAGAUGCCUUUGACAACACAAACCCCGCUUUAGCAGAAGCCUUGCAUACUGAGUCGCCUUUUUUAACCUUUGACAACACAAAAGAGGCCUUCGAAGAUGAACACUAUAGUCUUCCCUCCAUCACCAACUCUACAACACCUUCUACUAAUACCAGCACCCCAUUGGAUCAAUCAUGCAAUAUAUCACUAUCAGAGUCUUGCCGGGUGAGUUGUGAGCUAAACCCGGAUGACCAUUUCUUUGAAUGGUCCGCCGAAUCGAAUGGUUUCAUUGCUGAUGACACAAAGACGACAUGGUCUAAGAAGCUCAAGCUGGUUAAGCCAUCCUUACUUGUUCAAAAGCUCAAGGCUUCACGGGCAUGCCUGAAGUCUCUCUUUAGCAAGACCGCUCUUUCAGAUGAGUCCUCCGCCAAGGCAGCCUACAAUGCAGAAGCUGGACAUGUUUCAGAAGGUAAGAAGUGUGUGAAUAAGUACAUGAAAGUAGCAAAGAACAGCUCAUUUGGGAAAAUUAGAACAACAACAUAUCCAACACUGGGUAAUGACAUGAAGAGCAUUGACAAAAGAAUGAUUGAGAAUGGUGUUAUUACCCAUAGGAAGUCAUUUUCAGGGGCAAUCAAAUGCCCUUGUGCAACAAAGUCUUUGUCUUCAUCUUCGUCUUCAACCUCAUCUGGUGCUUCUUCUUUGUCGUCAUCAUUUUCCAUUAGUUCGAGUGGGUUGUAUGAGUUACAGUGUCUCAAGAGGAGCAAUAGCAUGAAUUUGGAGAUUGAGAGUUCGAUUGAGAGCGCAAUUGCGCACUGUAAACAAUCUCAACAGCUGUUGAGUUCAAGUAAGUCAGCAAGUGAAGUUGGCCUCUGAUCACUGUCUGCUUCAAGGAUUGCAGAUUCUGGAGAAAAAGAAAGAUGAUGCUACUGCAAAAGAAAAAAAAAAAAGUCUUCUAAGAGAGAAAUAGAGAGAUGAUCAUAAUGUUUACCCAUUACCUUUUUUCUUUUUUAUUUUGUAAUUAGUGUCAUUAAUUCCGUGUUGUUUUGGGCAAUUCCAUAUGCAUGGUUCUACUUCACACUGUUAGACCAAAUUAUCUUUGUAUUAUUACUGUCUAGACAUACACAUUGAAAAAUCUGUUGACAUUUGAGAGUUAUUUAUUCAUUAGAGAAUGGCAAAAAAGAAUUCACAGCCGAUCCCAUCUCAUCA